AUGGCACUCUCUCUUCGCAGAGGCGAGGCCUUGUCUGCCUCGCACGUGCUGCUCUGUGGCCUCCUCGUGCUCUCCGCGCUCCUGCCGGCCCACGCCGUACUAUUUGAAGUCGCCGCCACCGACCGAGACUGCUUCUUCGUCCCUAUUAACACCCCGAAAAUGAGCAUCAAUGGGCGGUAUGAGUCCUUCCUGGGAAACGACAGCGUCCACGUGACCGUUGCGGGCCCCGUCACUCCACCGGACCCGAAACUGCCCACGCCGCCGGUUCAGAGCAAGACGCUCUUCACCUCGAAGAAGGAAAGCGCUCCCUUCAAAGUCUUGGUCCCGACGACGGGUUUCUACCAGAUUUGCGUGAUGAACGCUCUCUCAUACUCACAGACCGUGACGCUGAACUUCCAUGUGGCGCCUAUCGCUGCGUCGGAAGGUGCCUCGGCGCCCGGAAGUUCGCAGAGGCCUCCUGAUGUCAACCAACUCGUGAUGAGCAGCCAGACGGACGAACUCAAGUCGCUUUCCGAGCAAGUCCUCGAAAUGGCGAAUGGGCUUUUUGAGCAGCAGUCGAACUCGCUCGCGCGCAUGGCGAUCCACGAGCAGCUGGGCACGUCGACGCAGAACCGCGCGAGUCUGUGGAAACUUGUUCAGAUGUGUUCGCAGAUCGUUCUGUCGCUGAUCCACAUCUACGCCGUCCGCUCUCACUUUGAAGUGAAAACUAUCGUCUAG